AAGAUUUCUCACUCCCUCACUCAUACUCAUGUACACUAAACAUUAACAUUGUACAUAUAUCUAUAUGCUCAUGCGUACAAACAAUUACACUUAAACACGUUUGUACAGAUAAUUAGGUUAAAAUAACUAAUCUUGUGUAUAAACACAUUUGUAUUGGCACAUACAAGUAUUCUACUCUAUCUCUCUCUCACACAUACAUAUUCAUGUUCAAUCAUACUGAUUUCGAAUCUGUUCGUGGAAAAAAAACCUAUCUAAUAAAUAUUCGUAUAUUGCACAGCAGCAUCGUCUACUAUUUUCGUGUCCUGUGGAAUAAUUAUCUGCUAAUUACCUGCUGGGCGCCCAAAACAAACUGGUGUUCGAUGCUGUCAAGAUGUCCUGGCCUGGUUCAUCGUUGAUUAAAAUCAAUGUCACAUGUUAUAUUGCGCAUUUAUGCGAUCCACUCAUCACCAGCUCCACACAGCUGUUUUCCUCAACCUAUCCACCCUGACAGUCCACCAGAUGUCCCACGUGUAGGAGAACAUAUUCUCGGAGUCUACAAGACGCCAUUUCCCCUCCAGAAGAGGUCCUCUAUUUUGUUGUGUUAAGAAAGAAGGGAAGAAGGAAGACCAAGAAAAGAAAGAAAAAUCAAGAGGAAAGGGAUAACUAAUCUUCAGAGCGUCAGACGAAAAGGCAGCAUUUACAAAAAGGAUAAUCAUCGUACAGUGUGUUGUCCACCUGUGUAAAUAUGAUAAUGAUGACGAUGAUGAUAAAACGAGGAGCUGAAAGGAGUACCAAAUAGUUUCCUAUUUACAGGUUUCUUCUGCUCUGGGACUCUACAGACGACUGAUAUACUGAGAGGAACUAUCUUAAGUGGAGGAAUACUGCGGUGAACAGAGGGAAAACUCAUCGAAGACACAGAAGUGCAUCCAUAUCCUCACACUUCACUAAGCACAUCAAAAAUAUUGACAGGACCUGACAACAAUUCUGUUCCUGAGCACGUCUUCCUGCGUCCCAAAGUUGCUAGAGUUCACUGACCUUUUGACCCUGGAGUACAACACUCAGCGAUGCCCGAGAAACCUCGCCGCGAAUGGCCGCUUCUCCUCAUCCUUUUCAUCUUCAUCUACAUCGCCGUGCUUGUCGCCUUCGUGGCUCUGGCCGUUACCAUGCGCAAGAGUGCUGCGCGCCCACACAUCCUCUUCAUCGUCGCUGAUGAUCUUGGCUGGAGCGAUCUUGGCCGCAGCAGCGAGGACAUGCGCACUCCCACCCUCGACGACCUCGCCGCCAACGGCGUCUUCCUGAACUGGUCCUACGUCCACCCGCUUGACAGUCCUACUCGAGCCGCCUUUCUCACGGGUAUCUACCCGUUUCACAUGGGUCUACAACACGAGAACAUGGAGGCUGACACGCCAGCUUUCCUCCCUGCCAACCUCAUCCUCCUGCCGCAGUAUCUGAAAAAUCUCGGGUAUCGCACGAACCUCAUCGGAAAAUGGCACCUGGGCUUCUGCAACUUUGCGUACACUCCGAGGAGUCGUGGGUUCGAUUCUUUCGUAGGAUUUUUUACGGACGACUUGGAUUACUACACACAUCGAGACAAAAAUGGCAUCUAUGACUUCAGGUACAACGGAGAAGAGGACUUCCUAGACCAAGGGAACUAUUCUACCGAGAUUUUAGGGAAGUGGGCCCAAGAGGUCGUCACCAACCAUGACGUGGGGUCCCCUCUUUUCCUCAUGCUGUCCUUCCAGGCCAUGCACUCGCCGGCUCAAGUACCAGAGACGUACGUCAACCAGUCCUGCAGUCACGUGACUGAUCCUGCACGACGCGACGUGUGCGGCAUGGCUGCGGCGCUGGAUAAAGCCAUCGACGGCGUGCUGUCAUCGAUGGCCCAGAAAGGUUUGCUGGAAAACACGCUCGUCAUCUUCACCUCUGACAACGGCGGCCUGACGGCAGGAGGGAGCAGCAAUGCCCCCCUGAGGGGUGAUCAUGGAGAACUGUGGGAAGGCGGAACCAGAGUUCCUUCCUUCAUAUCCAGCCGGACCCUCGUCGUCAACCACUACGUCUUCCAAGGCCUAUUUCACGCCGUGGACUGGCUGCCCACCAUUCUCUCGGUGGCUGGCGGAGAGAUUCCAGUAGGCAUCGACGGUGUCGACCAGUGGCCAGCUCUCCGCGACAGAUCUCUUGGUCCCAGGAGCGAGAUGGUCUACAACAUCGACCUGAAUCAGUCCGCCAUCCGCGUCGGCGACUUUAAGCUCAUCCAAUCGCGGGCCGCCGACGCCAGCGACGAGAACAGCAAGGAGAGUGACGAGUAUCACCUGUACAACCUCGCGCAGGAUCCAGGUGAGAACGAGGAUCUCGCCUCCAAGGCGCCGAAGAAGCUAGAGGAGAUGAAAGCUAGACUGGACCAGCUUCGCCAGACUCUAGUCCCCGCUGAAGACAAACCACCUACUAGUCUGAAAGAUCAUCCGAACUAUGAUCGUGUGUGGGCUUCCGGGUGGUGCUAAGUACGGUUCCUGCAGAUGAUAUUAGAGAUACACAUUAACUAUGGCUGGCGUGAACGAAAAUUAUCAGGUGGGUGUUGAUCUGCAAUCUUCUGGACUUCAAAGAGCACCUCAUUGUAAAUCAUAAACUACUCGUUAAAAAAAUGACAAAAUAAAACAUGCAAAUGUUUGACUUAGAUGUGCUCAAGAGUGAACUUCGUGGUUUAUGUUUGUCCAUCUCUUGAGGAAGAAACAGUAGCAGAAACUGUUACCCAGUGUCACCCCCCAUCCAAAAUUUUAUCUUCGUUUUGUUUUUCCGAAUUCGGAAUCGACGGUUUCUUCUGUUUAUUCUUCGAACAAAAGCUGAAACACCAAAGUGGAUUUAGAGAGGGGUUAGUGGGAACAGGUGACUAAUUACUAAAACGAAAAUGUGCAUAUAUAUUUUAACUUACUUCUACAUGUCUUAUGAUCAGGUGAGUAUUGCUACAAAAAGCAGUCAGAGACAUGCCGAGAAAUGAACUUUACACAAAAGGAAGUGGCAUAACAUAUUUCUAGCUGUGACAGUUGCCAAAACAGCACUCACAAUCACAUGUCAUUGCAGCUUAAGCUUAUCUGAUAAUUU